UCUUUUCAUGUGCCUACUGGCCAUUUGUAUAUCUUCCUUGGAGAACUGUCCAUUCAGAUUCUUUUGUGCAUUGUUAAAUUGGGUUAUUUGUCUUUUCAUUGUCACAUUUUAUCUCCUUUAUUUUCUUCAUCACACUUCUCGCUCUCUGAAAUGAUAUUGCUCCUUUGUUUUUGUCUGUCUCCCCUUAUUAGUAUGUAAGCCCCGUGAGGUCAGGGCCCUCCACCUCAUCUUCCCUGUUCACUCCUGUAUCUCCAGCACCCAGGACGAUGCUUGCUUCAUAGUUAAUAUUUGGUGAAGGUGUGAAUGUAAUAUUGUGAGGCCCAUUUUGUGAUCAUAACAUAGCUCUCUUUAGCUAAUAGCCCCUCCCUCAGAGGGUGGUUGGGGAGGAUGAGAUGAGACAUCCAUAUAUCAAAUGCUUGGCCAAGGGCAGGGCCCAGUGCAAGGGCAAUGUCAGUUUGAGUGUAUUAGUUAUCUCUUGCUGUGUAACAAAUUACCAUAUGGUUGGGAGCUUAAAACAACACCCAUUUAUUAGCUCACACUUCAGUAGAUCAGAAGUCCAGUACAGUGUGUCUGUGUUCUCUGUCCAGAGUCUUACAAGGCAGAAAUUAAGGUGUUGGCCAGGCUGCCUUCCUAUCAGGAACCUCCAGGGAAGAAUCUGGCUGAAUUCAGCUCCUUGCGGUUGUGGGACUGAGGUCCCCAUUUCCUUGCUUGCUGUCAACCAAGGUCCACUCAUAGCCCCUAGAGGCCCCAUGCAUUCCUUGCCAUGUGGCCCCUUCCAUCUUCAAAGGCAGCAGCAAAGAAUCUCCCUUAUGCCAAAUCUCAGUCUCUUUUGCCAGGAAGAUCCCUGCCCCUUGUAAGCCCUGUCCUCACCUGAUUAGGUCAGGCCCACUAAGAGGAAUCAUCCUUUCUCAAAGCCAACUGUACCAUCUCCCUCCCUCAGUUGUAGGUCACUGUAAUCAUCUUAGAAUCCCCACCACCGCAGUGAGCUAUAGAUAUGUUACUAUAUCCUCAGAGGCGUUCCUCUGCUCUCACAGAUGAGACUUUGACCUUGAAUAUCACACACAACCUUCCUACCCCCUGGCUGAGCUACCUGUACCCCUGGGGCAUCCCCACAGGCCACAGGCAUGGCCUCUGGCCUCCUGAGAUACCUCAGAUUCUGAGCUGGAGAGAGGCAGUCAGGGAUCAGCGAUAGGGCAGUUCUUCUACCACCUCCUGCCAUCCAGCCAUGCUCUCCAGCCUUACCCUUUGUCGGUGGGCAUGAGAGGAGGUGUGAGAUGACCAGGACCCUGGUCCAUGCUGGCUCAAACAGAAAACUCUGUAUCCUAAUACUACCGGGUUCUGGAAGGUUCUCCUACCUGCAGAGAGAUGACCACCUUAACUGGACCCCCCCAGUAUGUACCAACAUCAACUGGUACCCCAGCUUCUGCUCUCAGCCCCCUGUGGUCUGUUCCCUACUCAGCAGCCAAAAGCCUCUUGUAAAAACCAAAGCCAAAUCCUGUCCCUCUUCUGCUUCAGACUCCGAUGGCUCCCACCUCACUCAGAACAAAAGCUGAAGUCCUCAGAGCUGCCUACAAGGCCCUGCAUGGUCUGGCCCCUGUUACUGUUCCGGCCUCACCUUCUACUGUAUACGUCUUGUUCCCACAUCCAGCCACUCUGGCCUCCUCACUGUUCUUUGAACACACCAGGCAUGAGGGGCCUUUGCACUUGUUCCCUCUCCUUGGAAGCUCUUCUUUUAGAUAUCCAUGUGGCUCCCUCCCUCACUGCCUUCAGGCUGGUCAAAUGUCUCCUCAGGGAAGCCUUCCUCUCCACUGAAAAUCUCACGCCAUGCCCCACACUCUAUCCUCUUCCCUGCUUUAUCAAAUGGUGAUAAGUGCUGUGGCUUCUGCAGGCGACCUGGCGAGCCUCCCCUAGACCUGGGCAGUAUCCCCUGGUUGGGCUAUGCUUUGGAGUUUGGAAAAGAUGCUGCCAGCUUCCUCACUAGGAUGAAGGAGAAGCAUGGUGAUAUCUUUACUGUGCUGGUGGGGGGCAGGUAUGUCACUGUCCUCCUGGACCCACACUCCUAUGACAUGGUGGUGUGGGAGCCUCGCACCAGGCUGGACUUCCACGCCUACGCCGUCUUCCUCAUGGAGAGGAUUUUCGACGUGCAGCUUCCGCAUUACAGCCCCAGUGAUGAAAAGUCCAAGAUGAAACCGACUCUCCUCCACAAAGAGCUCCAGGCGCUCACGGAAGCCAUGUAUACCAACCUCCACACUGUCCUGCUGGGUGACACCACGGAAGCAGGCAGCGGCUGGCAUGAGAUGGGACUCCUCGAAUUCUCCUACAGCUUCCUGCUCAGAGCCGGCUACCUGACUCUGUACGGUGUCGAGGCACCGCCACACACCCAGGAGAGCCAGGCCCAGGACCGCAUCCACUCAGCCGACGUCUUCCACACCUUCCGCCAGCUUGACCUGCUGCUUCCCAAACUGGCACGUGGCUCCCUGUCAGUGGGGGAUAAGGACCAGGUGUGCAGGGUCAAAGGUCACCUGUGGAAGCUGUUGUCCCCAGCCAGGCUGGCCACUCGGGCCCACCGGAGCAAAUGGCUGGAGAGUUACCUGCUGCACCUGGAGGAGAUGGGCGUGUCGGAGGAGAUGCAGGCGCGGGCUCUGGUGCUGCAGCUCUGGGCCACACAGGGGAACAUGGGUCCUGCUGCCUUCUGGCUCCUGCUCUUCCUCCUCAAGAAUCCCGGGGCCCUGGCUGCUGUCCGUGGAGAGCUUGAGCCUAUUCUCUUGCAAGUAGAGCAGCCCAUUUCGCAGAUGACCACCCUCCCACAGAAGGUUUUGGACAGCAUGCCUGUGCUUGACAGCGUGCUGAGUGAGAGCCUCAGGCUCACCGCUGCACCCUUCAUCACCCGCGAGGUCGUGGUGGACAUGGCCUUGCCCAUGGCAGAUGGGCGGGAAUUCACCCUGCGAUGUGGCGACCGCCUCCUCCUCUUCCCCUUCCUGAGUCCCCAGAAGGACCCGGAGAUCUACACAGACCCAGAGGUAUUUAAAUACAACCGUUUCCUGAACCCUGAUGGAUCAGAGAAGAAAGACUUUUACAAGGAUGGGAAGCGACUGAAGAAUUACAGCAUGCCGUGGGGAGCAGGGCACAACCAGUGCCUGGGGAGGGGUUACGCCAUCAGCAGCAUCAAACAAUUCGUGUUCCUUGUGCUGGCGCGUUUUGACCUGGAGCUGAUCAGCCCGGACGUGGAGAUGCCCUUGUUUGACCUCAGCAGGUACGGCUUCGGGCUGAUGCAGCCGGAACAUGACGUGCCUGUCCGUUACCGCAUCCGGCCUUGAGCUCCGGGGCAGAUGGGACUCCACGCGCCCAGCCUGCCCCUAGUGGCCCAACGUUCUGUGCCUGCGUUCGGCCUGGGUACAGAGCUUUGAACACCCAACGAUGCCAAGCAUUAUCCCUUCCCUACUAUUUUUCCUAGAAGGCUGUAUCUGGGGGAGGGGAAAGAAGGGGAGCGAAGAAAAGACACCAAAAGCUCUGUGGAUUAUCGGCUGCAAAGGUUAAGUUCCAAAAUGAGGCUCUUUCCGCUCUCUCACCUUUAUGAUAUCCACUAAAGCUAGGGCAGACGGGGCAAAGCUAGGAGACCCCACUGCUCUGCCCCCAACCCCCACGGGCUGCCGUCCAAGGCCCUGACAAUGGUGUGGUCCAGACCCCAACCAGUCAAAGCAGAGGCUGGCCACUAAAAGGCCAUUUGGGGCCUAGCAGUGCGUCUGUUGAAAUAAACUGUCCCCAAAGUUUUAUUAAACUACCUAAAGCCAAAGAGUUUCUUACAAUAUCUGCUUUCCUAGGCGCCCCACUUGCUAGACACUCCCCCCAUCUCUCCGUUCACACCGAUCCUUGAGAAAUCGCUGGAGGGUUUCCCGAUGCUGGUGCGUCCCCGGUGUGGAGUGGGAGAAGCCUCCAGAUGAUGGGCUCUGAGGACCAGGCUUCUCUGUGUUAGAGUUAUGGGCUCCAGACGGGCUGGGUUUUCCCAGCUCUGGGACUCACGCAGGGAGUUAGCAAGACACAGCCCCGACUGGAUGGCCCCAGUGAAAGGAAGCGGCCAGGGCUCCUGGGACUGGUCAAGCCAAAGAAGAGGAGGUGUUGGUUUCCUACAUUCUAGCUUAGAAGCUCCAACUGUGGGCACUGUCCAGAUUGCAGGUCUGUUUUGUUUGUCCUACAUUUUAAAGAAAAUACAUUAGUGUUAUCUUGUCAUCUUUGGGAAAGUUAGUUCAAAAUGUCCAGCUUCUCUUGAAAACUUGGAAGCUCUGUCCACACUGGGCCCAUAUUCCCAAGGGCAACCACUGGCCAGAGCUGAGUAGCAGCUGCCUCCCUUAUCCGGGGCCUGUGUGCUCUGGUCCACCAGGAUUUCUACUUGGUCUGCUUUUCUAGUCACAGCACCUCCUGUCCCCUGAAGACACCCAAAUUUGAGAACCCUGUUCCUACUCUUAGAGGUGAUAGUGUAGGAGGUGGUGGGAACCCGCUGAUUGGUUCUCAGACCAAUGGUCCAUCCUGUCCUGGGUGCACCACCCUUUGAUCAAACAGAUCAGUGAUGAAAACUUGCCUUUGCAUCAGCUUUAGAAAAAAAAAAAAAGAUCAAAAAGAAAAAUUGCCUGGAAACUUUUAUCAUGAUGAUAAGUAUUAAUAUUAGGUCCUGUUUAUUGAGGACUCUCUAAAUGCCUGUGAUAGGAACAGUAGAUAUAGUAUUUCUACUUUUCACAGCAUCUCUGCAAAGAGAGGAUGGUUAUGCCCUCUUUAUAGUUCAGGAAAUAGGCUCAGAGAGGUGAAGUGACUUGCCCAGAGUCACACACCUUGUAAGCUGAUAGAAUUUUGCAAACAGACUUACUGUCCCAGUAGCAAAGGCUAGAUGGCCGGCUCUGUGCUCUUUGGGCUCAGUGGGGUGGUGGAGCGGCAGUUCUGUUUGGCAUCAGAGAGCUGAUAGAGCCAGAGACACCCAUGGGUGGAUGCAUCUCAUGAGAUGUAGACACGCAUACGCACACAUAGCUAGGUCCCUGUAGCUUUAGCUGGAGCAAGAAGAGAGGACCUGAGAUCUCUGUUCCAGGGGCUAGUCUCUUCUCAGAGCGGCACCGGGGCUUGGGGGCUUCCCUGGCCCUCAGCCUCCAGGCGGCCCCAGGAUUCCCAGACAGGCACUGUGAUUGGCAGGAGGCGGGAUAUCCCCAGGGAAACCCAUCUUCACGCCUGGGUGACCCCCACUGCCUCCUGCUUCUUAACUCUGCAGGAAAUCAGGGCUGGCAGCCUCCUGUGGGAGGACGGAGCCGGUUUCCAUGGCAACCCUCAGCUGCCUCAUCCUUCCUGGCUUAGAAGGGAAGGGAGGAGGCCUGCAGAAAUAGCUCCAGGAAGAUCUCUUGUACGUGGCUGCUACCCUGAUGUGCUGGGGAAAAGCCCUUCUGAUUUCCCCCUUCCAAAUCAGGGCUGCUUUGUCACUGAGACUAGAUUCUCACCUGUGUUCAAAAAGGGCCUUUUCCCUUUAAAGGUGACACCUCCUUGGAGCCACAAUCAUUAGGAAGAGACGAUUCUCCCACCAGGCAGCUCCAGCUGGUAUCAGAGAUACUGAAGUACAGCUUGGGAGACAAUGCUUUAAACCCACCUUUGUUUCAAUCUUUAUUAUUUUUUCUUUCUUCUUUUAAGAAAUAUAAGCUAUAGAGAAAAGAGGGAGAGAUGAGUGGGUUAGCUCCUUGCUACAGGUUAUUUAGGAAGGUACCCAGAUGUCAUUGUAUUUCUUCAUACCUUGCUUUAGAAUCACAAAAUUGCAGGACCUAUGUCAGAAAUACUCUUAGGUUGACCUAAUGGAGUGUUUCUUUACCAUCAUUGUGAUUAUUAUUUUUUGCUAUAUGUUGUAUUGUUAUUUACCAGAUAUUUUCCUUUAAAUAGUCUCAUUUUUUUUAACUUAAAUUUGUUUAAAAAUGGGACUUUUUUUCCUCUGCCGGUAACAACAUGUAUCGCUUGCUGCCAGAAAUAGAAAGUGACUGAAAAAGAAAUCUGCUGGGGAGGGGUCCUCUGUGUUGGUGUCACCAAGGCUCAGAGCCUGAGCUCUGUCUCUUCUCUGUUACAAAAUGAAACAAACACAUGUUUGAGUGGCGUUAAGUCCACACCAGCACCACCCUGAGACUCUGUCCAUGACAGUCACGGGGGUGGGGGGGAGGGAGAGAAAGAGGAGCAAGCUGCCCACCCCACGGGCGUGCGUGACGCCUGGUGCAAGGGCUGCCCAGGGUCAUCUCCUGCCACCAGUGGGUCCCGCCCACAGUGAGCUGGGGACAUCCCACCUGCCCAUUCUCCAGAUGGAAAAACAAGCUUGGAGAGUUGAAUCGUCUGGCUCAACGUCACUGAUUUGGAUGUUUGUUGUUUCUUAAAAGACGGUGUUUCGUGAGUAGCAGUGAUUAUUCCACCUUGCUGUUUUAAUAAAGAAUUCUAUUUUAUAUAAUAUUGUCGAGUCAAAAUGUGCUGAAAUAUAUUA